CAUUUUUAGGGCUUAUGAACUGGGAUUAAAACUCGGUUCUGUAACAGCGAAAGGGUUUACGCCAUAGCCAAAGAGAUUGAAGGAAGGAUGUUUGCAACAGCGAUAAGGUUGGUAGGGAGGAAACCAAAACCAAAGAUGAAACCAAUUAAGCUUAAAACUCCACCCGAGCAGACACAAACCAUCACCAGAACCAUUUUCGAUAUCGUCAAGGAGCAUGGACCUCUCAAUAUUGCCGAAACCUGGGAUCGUGUAAAGGAUGUUGGCUUGAGAGGCUUGACAAGCAAAGGGCACAUGAAGAUUGUUUUAAGAUGGAUGAGGGAAAGACAAAAGCUUAAGCUUAUCUGCAAUCACGUAGGGCCCCAGAAGAAAUUUCUGUAUACGACAUGGUUCACAAAUCCAAAUACAAUGCAUACAAAGCCGGGAUCUGAUAUUUCCUCACCAAAUACAAAGCAGAUAUUUUCAGGAAGUAAUAUUACCCGGCCAAAGUCAUCAUAAACCCUAUAAUGCGGUGUCUGAUUAUGAACCAAGGACUUAACGGAGCUUUCUAUCAUUGAGUAGUUUAUUGUAUUUCAAGUAUUGCACUAUUUUUCUGCGGUUAUUGUUCUUUCUUGUAGACUUUUACAUUGCUUUUCUUAUUAACUGCUAUGCUUUAUUUUGGCUUGAUACACUUCAGCCAAGAGUCUUCCGGAAACAGCCUCUCUACAAAACAAAGUGAUUUGAGUAGAGCUGAAACGAAGCAACAUUGAUCUUGAAAUAAGCUCUCAAAACUAGAAUGUCAUUGACAAUUUUGAGGCUUCUGGUAAUUUGUUACUUCUUUUUUAAUUACCUAUGCAAGUUGAGAACAUACUUGUGUUUUAUAACUAUCAGUUCAGAUAUGAAGGAAAACAAAAGUUGUCUGGUUAAA